AUGUCUACCAGGAGAAUGAAGUCGAACGCCGACAUCUGGAACGAGGAUUAUGAUUGGGAUGCUGAAUCAAGCAGCGAGUCGGUGGAGUGGGAAGAAGAGCCAGAAGAGAUUGAAGAAGCCAAAGAAGAAAUACCAUACAUCGAAACACUUGACAGUGCCGGCAGGGCUCGGUACGAGCGAAGACAAGUAUGGCUGCAAGAAUAUGAGUAAGUAACUUUUUAAUAAUUACUUUUGUGGACACAAUAGUACUUUCAAACAAAAUUGGGGAAAUUUUGGCGUAUUUAUAAAGAAAAAAUGUAGGAAAUUACCGUAAAAUCCAUUAGAGGUGCAAUUGUUUCACUUGACUGAAUUUUUUUCAGAGAAUCAAGGAAUUGCGCUUCGACCAGCCAGGAUACAGCCUUCAGCUGGUAUUCAAAAGCCCAUCGAGCCGAAGAGGAACAUCAUGUGGAAGAUGAGACCAGAUUAAGAGGGUACAUGCGGUGCAUUGAGUUCUGGCCAUCAACUUCCGAUAUCAAAGAAGCCAAUCGGGUCACCAGAAGGCUGUACAUGAGAAGCCAAACCCUGCAGAGGCUCGAGGAUAAGAUGAUGGAAAGCUAUUUGAGGUAGGUUAAUAGAUAGAACAAAUCUGGGGUUUAUGUUAACCUAGAGUAAAAUCGCAUGUUAUUUCUAGAUCUUCAAACUAAUCAACAACUUUUUUUAGACAAAGGCCUUCUCCAGCCGUCGAAAGAGCGCAAGAAAAGCUCAUACAGCUGAUUGAAAAGCAGCUGCAGGGCAAGUAUCCCGGCUGCAGCAUCCGACCAUACGGAGGAAGUCAUAAUGGAUUCGGCACCCAGUGCAGUGACUUGGAUAUAACGAUCAUCACGCCAGAGAUAAUAAGAGAGUGGAAUGAGGAGGACGGGUAAGUUUCAUGACUUCUCAUGGUUGGGCCCGAACUCACCCCCUUUUUGAACACUCCUUUUCAUUUUGAAAAACUAAGGUGUGACAUGUUAUACGAUGAAAUUUUUUUGAAAAUUGAAGAAAAAGGGCGUGACAUGUUAUACGAUGAAAUUUUUUAGCAAAUUGAAAAAAUAGGGUGUGGUAUAUUAUAUGAUAAAAGUUUUUUGCAGAUUGAAAAAGAUAAGGUGUAACAUGUUAUACGAUGAAAAGUUUUUUGCAAAUGAAAAAAUAAAAUGUGACAUGUUACACGAUGAAAUUUUUUUGCAAAUUGAAAAAAUAGGGUGUGUCAUAUUAUACGAUGACAAGUUUUUUGCAAAUAAAAAAAUAAGGCGUAACAUUUUAUACGACGAAAAGUUUUUUGCAAACGAAUAAAUAAUAUGUGACAUGUUAUGCAGGGUGUCCAGAGAAAUUCCGCGGAAAGUGUUUGCUGAUUUCUCGGCGCUCAGGCAAGAUAUUCAAAAAAUUCUUUUUGCACUAGAAAGAAGAAUACGGGCGGUUUUUUGUCUAAAAAAGAUUUUUUUGUCCGCCGACGCGGAACAUACUGCAUUCGGCGGAGACUUUUGAUCGCUUUUUUGGUCAUCACACCAAUCCUAAAAGCUUCAGUACGAUUUCUGAUGGUUAAAAAGAGAAUGUUAUUUUAUUUUUAUGUUUACCAAACGUUCGGCAAUGGAAUGGCGAGUUUUCCGGAGGCCACAACUCAGCUUCGGAUAGGAGAUGUCCCAAACAUUAUGUGGCUAGCAUUCUUUGCUGAUCCCAUAUGCUCUCCAAAAUUUUGUCGCCAGGCCUUGGCAGCAGCUUAGCCAUCAGUAAACCACUUGGUGCACCAGAAAACAACAAAAUAUUUUUUGUUUAAACUUCUCGUUGCCCCGCUGUUCCAAACUUCCGCACGUUGCGUUCGGACUUUAUCGUUGUUGACGCAACUACACAGUGCGGUGCAGUCGCUAAAUGCGAUUGCAUAGCGUUGUCGUCGGUCUACUGAUCCUUUUGGAAAAAACUGAAGGCUUCCCGAUAGUUUCAGGAUCAUAGUAAAGCGCUUAGGAUUGGUGUGAUGACCAAAAAAGCAAUCAAAAGUCUCCGUCGAAUACAGUAUGUUCCGCGUCGGCGGACAAAAAAUCUUUUUUAGACAAAAACCCGCCCGUAUUCUUCUUUCUAGUGCAAAAAGAAUUUUUUGGAUAUCUUGCCUGAGCGCCGAUAAAUCGGCAAACACCUUCCGCGGAAUUUCUCUGGACACCCUGUACAACGAAAAUUUUUGGGUGGGAGUUCAGAAAAUGAGGGAUAGUUCGCCUGCAACGACUUUUUGUUUACUUCAGUAUUUUUAAAAUCAUGAAAAAUAUUUCAGGUUCGUAUGCCACGGAAUCCUACCCAAGAUAACAAAUAUUGUGGAAAUCCUUGAAAGCGAAGAAAAUCGACAAGCCACAGGCCUCAGCUCGAUGGAAAACCUCGAGUUAAUCAAUGUAAGUUGAAAGCAUUUUUAACGCUCUUAGAUUUCAUCUUCCGGAUUAGAAGUCAAAUUUUUCAGAUCCCCUUGGCAAAGAUGGAGUUCGAAAAAGAUGGCCAUAAAAUCGAAGUUGAUUUUUCCAGUGGAAAUAUCAAUGGAGUCAGGAACACCAAGAUCCUAAAGAUAUAUUCAAGGUAAGCAAAUUUUCAUCAAUUAGAAUGUUUUGCGUCUCAAACUGCUUAGCUGUAUUUUUUAUCGCUUUUUUUCAGAAUUGACGAAAGGGCAGUUCAAUUGAUGACAGUCAUUAAGAAAUGGGCCAAAAAAAAUGAACUGCAUGGUGGGCCACUGUAUAGGUUUAAUACCUACAGUUUGGUGAUCUUGGUCAUCAACUUCUUGCAGAAAGGAGUUAGCCCGCCGAUCCUCCCAGAACUGAGUAAAAUAACCGCGCUGUUGGAUUGUGGUCUGUACGACCAAAGUGUGGAAGAAGUUGUGGCUUUAUUGAAGUGGGGUUAGUUAUUUUUAAUUAUUUUUCAUGUUAGAUCAAAACUUACUUUAUUAGAAAUCAAAGAUUAUUAACUGUCUAAUUUCAAUAUUUUUAGAGCAAAGACCUGAUGACAUAAGCAUCACUGAACUUCUGAUUGGGUUCUUUGCCUAUUAUGCACAAUUCAACUUCAGUGAGUGGACUGUUAACCUGAGAAGGGCUCAACUAACCAACAGGAAUACAGUGGGCGACGAUUGGUAUGAAAAUAAAAAACAGCGAAUUAGCAUAGAAUGCGCCGUUAUGGCCAGAAGCCCGACCAGAAGCCUUAGCGAAGAAUGUUAUCUGGCCUUUAGAAGUACUUUAAACACUAUGAAUAAGGUCAUUUGGCAAGAAUUAGCCGGAGGCCAUGAAGACGAGAAAACAACGGAAAAAAUUUUUGAUUUAAUGGGUUUAUAG